AUGGAAGUAUUUAUUGGACUUGUUCAUGUUAAAGAUACUAGUGCUUUGUCUCUAAAGAAAGCAAUUGUGGAUGUACUUGCUCACCAUUCUUUAACUUUAGCUUAUGUACGAGGGCAAUGUUAUGAUGGGGCAAGCAAUAUGCAAGGAAUCACAAAUGAUCUUAAUGUGUUAUUACAGAAAAAGGAACAGGAUAUUGCUAAUGCCAUGAUUCUUUUACAAGAACUUAAUGACCGUUUUAGUGAGGUGACAAGUGAUUUGCUUAAUGAUGUAGCUUGCUUGAAUCCAAUUGAUACAUUUUUUAGUUUUGACAUCCAAAAGAUAUUGAUGAUGGCUAAAUUAUAUCCUGAUGACUUUGAUAAGUUCAACAUGAGGGUUCUUGAGAAUCAACUUGUUAAUUAUAUUAUUGAUGUUCGUGAUAUUGAUAAAAGAUUCUCCAAUUUAGACGGACUUGGAGAACUUUCAAGAAAGUUGGUUUAA